AUGUCCAUCCGCAGGCUUAGGAGCAACCCUAAAACACUCGGGGAUGUCAAAAUGGUGACUGGGGAGCUGAGGAAUCUUUAUUAUAAGAGGCUGCUGCCGAUAGAGAAGUACUACUCUUUCCAUCACUUUCAUUCUCCGAGCUAUGAGGAUGCAGACUUCGACAACAAACCAAUGGUCUUGGUGAUGGGUCAGUACUCAACAGGAAAAACAACUUUUAUCAGGUAUCUCAUAGAACAAGAUUUUCCUGGCAGCAGAGUUGGACCAGAGCCAACCACUGACUGCUUCACUGCCCUCAUGUAUGGAGAGGUGGAAGGAAUCAUUCCAGGCAAUGCUCUCACAGUCGAUCCGAAAAAGCCCUUUCGCAACCUUGACCCUUUUGGAAAUGCUUUUCUGAACAGGUUUCAGUGCGUUCAGAUGCCAAAUAAAGUCCUUGAGAGUGUCAGCAUUAUUGACACGCCUGGCAUCUUAACUGCUGCUAAAAGAAAACUGAGUCGAGGCUAUGACUUCCCAGCAGUGCUGCGCUGGUUCGCAGAGCGUGUGGAUCGAAUCAUCCUGCUGUUUGAUGCACAUAAACUAGAGUUCUCUGAUGAGCUCACUCGAGCCUUUGGGGCUCUGUGUGGCCAUGAGGACAAGUUGCGUGUGGUUCUCAACAAAGCUGACAGGGUGGACUCGCAACAGCUCAUGAGAGUUUAUGGUGCCCUCAUGUGGUCGCUGGGGAAAGUGUUUCGAACCCCCGAGAUCUUGAGGGUUUACAUCGGAUCUUUCUGGUCAGAGCCGAGGCAGAUGUGUGACCAUUACCAGCUGAUAGAGAUGGAGGAGGAGGAUCUGUUGGCUGACAUAAGGAACCUGCCGCGCAAUGCUGCAGUACGCAAACUGAAUGACCUGGUGAAGAGGGCACGCUUAGUAAGGGCUCACGCCCACAUUAUCAGCUACCUGAAGCAAGAGAUGCCAACAAUCUUUUGCAAAGAAAGCAAGAAGCACAAUCUGAUUUACCAGCUUCCUGUCAUUUUCACCAAGAUCCAGCAACAGCAUCGAGUCCCAGCCGGCGACUUCCCUGACUGCACCAAGAUGCAGGAGAAACUUUUGGGACAAGAUUUCUCAAAGUUCAAGACACUGAAACCAAGUCUAAUGGCUUCCUUGGAUAAACUCCUGACUACUGACAUAGCAAACCUGGUGCCUUUACUUCAACAACAAGAACUGAGGAAGAAAUCUCUCCAUGGUGUGUUGGACGGUGACUUUUUGGGGACAUUCAGGCCCGAACAUUACAGGAGAGACCCUUUCAAAGAACCCUCCAGAGACGACGAGAGCAGUGAGGCAGAUUUCGAUGAGUGGGCAGUGGAGAAAUUCAAGCCAAAAUACGAUGAGAUUUUCUACAACCUCAGUCCAAAUGAGGGCAAACUGAGUGGCACCAAAGUCAGAGAGUGGAUGACAACCACCCUUCUGCCCAACUCUGUGCUUGCUCACAUCUGGAGGCUGUCUGAUGUAGAUGGGGAUGGCAUGCUUGACAAUGAGGAGUUUGCUUUGGCAGUCCACCUUAUUGAGGGAAAACUGGAGGGUCACUGGCUCCCCCGAGAGCUGCCGUCUCACCUGGUACCACCAUCAAAACGGCUAAGUACAGCCAGCGUUGAAGAGUAGACAUGACAUUGAGAGGAAGCUGAGGCUCUAUGUACAUUAUUUGUACAAUUUGUAAAUCAUUUCUUAAAUGUAACCUAAUCUGGUAGUAGCAGUCUGGUAGUAAACUAACCAAGUGUACAGUGCCUGUCCAUUUGUAUGUUAAUCAUCGUGACACCAAAAUUGAAAGAUUCCCAUUGAUGGUUUUGAUCACUGCACAUUUUUCAUAUCAUAUGUAUCAUAUCAUAUUUUUACCUCACAUAUCCGUGGGAAUAAGAAAAAUAUCAUCAUCAGAACUUAUCUUCAGUUUGGUAUAUUCAUUUUUCUUUAUACAAUAUAAGUAAUAUUUCACUUUACCAUAAUGUAUUUUUAUCAAUGGCAUUAAACUUGUAAAGAUGA